AUGGGUUUAUGUGCUAGUAAAAGUGAAACUGUGUCUUCUGCUACUAAUGCAACAACGAAUAAGCCCCAAACUUCCCAAAGAACUAAGAAAACUAAUACCAAGUCAAAUGGUAACAAGACACCUGCAAAGCCAAAAACACAGACGACUGGCAAGUUAGGUACUAAAUUAUCAGAUGAAAAUGGAACUGAAAGUCAGAAUGUAUCACCUGCUGAAGCAGCUAGACUGGCUGCUGAAAAAAGACAGAAGGACCAGAAUGAUUCCUUGACACAAGGAGAGUUGGGGAAAAAAUUAGCAAAAGAGAGAGCCAAAACUUACAGCUCCUACAGAAAGGAGGAAUAG